AUGGCUGGUUCAAUCCGCGCUCCCUCCGCAAUGCUCCUCCGCAGCCUUCGCACCGCAUUGGCAUCCACCCGUCAACUGCGAGUAGCUGGUACCCGCGCAGUAUUUGCCCCCCGCCAGAUGACAAGAUCAAUUUCCAGUUACACACAUGCACAUCAAGCGUCAGCGAUAUCCGUUCUCCCCACGGCCGUGGACACUUCCUCGGCAGAUUUCAAGGACAAUGCCGCCCGAAUGGACGAGCUGCUGGCCAAGAUGGCAGAUCUGCAUUCCACAAUUGCUAAAGGCGGCCCCCCGAAGGCAAGGGAAAAACAUAUUGCUCGCGGCAAGAUGCUCCCUCGGGAUCGGGUUACAGCAUUGAUCGACCCGGGAACCUCGUUCCUCGAGCUAUCCCCGCUUGCAGGGCACCAGGUUUACCCUGGCGAGGAUGUGCCGUCGGGUGGUAUCAUCACUGGCAUUGGGACUGUCGAAGGAGUUGCAUGUGUGAUUGUGGCAAAUGAUAGUACUGUCAAGGGAGGCACCUAUUAUCCUAUCACGGUCAAGAAACACCUGCGGGCACAGGCAAUUGCCCAGGAGAACAAGCUACCAUGCAUCUACUUGGUUGACUCCGGAGGGGCCAACCUUCCCCAUCAAGCCGACGUGUUCCCAGAUAGAGACCAUUUCGGACGAAUCUUCUUUAACCAGGCCAGAAUGAGUUCCAUGGGCAUCCCCCAGAUCUCCGUAGUCAUGGGACCAUGCACUGCUGGUGGAGCAUACGUCCCCGCCAUGAGUGAUGAAUCCAUCAUCGUCGAGAACCAAGGAACCAUCUUCCUUGCGGGCCCACCACUAGUAAAAGCCGCAACAGGAGAGGUUGUAUCCGCUGAAGACCUUGGUGGCGGACGUCUACACAGCUCCAUCUCCGGUGUCACAGAUUACCUCGCCGUCGACGACGCGCAUGCCCUCGUCCUCGCCCGCAGAUCGAUAUCAAACCUUAACUGGCCCAAAACCACCCUCUCGCUCCCAGCCACCUCAACACCCUCGGAAAUCAAAGAACCCCUCUACGAUCCCUCCGAACUCUCCGGAAUCGUCGGCACGAACCUACGCCGCCAAAUCCCCGCCCACGAAGUCAUCGCCCGCAUUGUGGACGGCAGUGAGUUUGCCGAAUUCAAGCGUGACUAUGGCAGCACGCUCGUCACGGGCUUCGCGCGCAUCUACGGCACGCAGGUUGGCAUUGUCGCCAACAAUGGCAUUCUCUUCUCCGAAUCCUCACUCAAGGGUUCCCACUUCAUCGAGCUCUGUGCCCAGCGCAAUAUCCCGUUAAUCUUCUUGCAGAAUAUUUCGGGAUUUAUGGUUGGCGCUGAUGCGGAGAAAGGUGGCAUUGCGAAGAACGGUGCUAAGCUCGUGACCGCCGUGGCGUGUGCAGACGUUCCUAAGUUCACUGUUGUGUUUGGUGCUAGCGCUGGAGCGGGCAACUAUGGAAUGUGUGGCCGCGCCUACUCACCACGCUUCCUCUUCAUGUGGCCCAACUCGAAGAUCGGAGUCAUGGGCUCUGAACAGCUCUCUUCCGUCAUGGAGGCGGUUGGUCGCACGGCUGAUCCGGCUCUGAAAGCUCGUAUUGACGCGGAGUCCGAGUCUAUUUUCUCUUCUGCACGGCUGUGGGAUGAUGGUGUGAUCCCCCCAGCGCAUACGAGAAAGGUGCUCGGGAUGAGUCUCGCGGCAGCACUGGGUGGCCGGGUUGAAGAGGUCAAGACGAAGUUUGGUGUAUUUAGGAUGUAA